CAACCCACAAACUAAAGUACCCCAUGGUUGCAACAAGGACAGAACAACUGCCCUCCCUUCCACGCAACCUCCGACCUAUAACAUGAACCAUCGCUGCUGCCAAGAUUCUUCUGCCAGCAGUGGUGCUCUGGCGCACCUGCGUGUGGUCCUCUGCUGUCUCCUCGUUUGCUGGGCCUGUAUCGCCGGGAGGGAAGGCGGUGGUCUGGGGGUGUCGGCCUUUGUCCCGGCCAGCUCUUUGUCGGCCGGGUCCUCUCGCCCGCGAUCCAUUCCCGGGCCAGUGGGAGCCCUUGCCACCGGUGCCACCGCUGCUGCCCGCACGAUCGCACCCCGAUCGACGACUUCGACGACGAUGCUCCGGAGCAAGUCCCCCGCCACGCGGAACGACGACGAGGAGGAGGAAGCGGCGAGGGCCGUGAGGGGGCCCUUUGCCCUCCUGCUGGCCUCCCAGUUCCUGCUCUUCAUCGGGGUUGGCGCCGUCAUCCCGAGCAUCCCGCUGUACGGGAAGGAAAUCGGCCUGUCGGGGGCCGCCAACGGCAUCGUCGUCUCGGCGCCCGCGGUGGCCCUCUUUCUGGCCGCCAGCUGGAGCGGGAGGAGGGCCGACCUGGCCCGCAAGCCGGCCAUGAUGGUCGGCAUGGCGGUGAUUGCGGCCUCGGACCUCGGGACGGCCCUCGCGACCGGCCUGGCCCCGCUGGUGGUGGCGAGGCUGGGCCUGGGUGCCGGCCGGAGCCUGUCGGAGGCCGGGGAGCGGGGGAUGCUCGUCGACCUGGCCAACCAGAUCCCGGAGCUCCGGGGCAGGGCCCUGGCGGCGCAGCAGGCCGUGGUGGCCCUGGGGAUUGCCAUCGGGGCUCCCGCGGGGGGCCUCGUCGUCGAGGAGUACGGGCCGCGGGCCGCCUUUCUCUGCGUGACCGCCGCCGCGCUGGUGGCGCUGGUCCUGUACGCCUUUCUGCCGGAAACGGUGGCAGGUGGCAGCGGCAAGGACGACAGCAAGAGCGACAGCAACAAAAGCCCGGAGGAUGCUGCCAUCGGCAUGGACGAAAGCACUCCGGGCCUUGGCGUGUGGGCCGAGCUGCUCAAGCGGAACGACUGGAGGGGACUGGCGGUCUGCCAGUCCGGGGUGAGCUUCGGCUACGCCGCCAAGAUCGCCUCCGUCCCCAUCCUCGCGGCAAGCGCGCUCCCGGGCGGCGCGCUGGGGGCCGGGGCCCUCCUCUCGGCUGCCGGCCUGAGCGGGCUGGUGGGUGCCCCGAUCGGCGGCUACCUCACGGACCGGGUGGGUUCCAGGGGUGCCGCGGUCCUCGGCGGAAUCGUCGGCGGGCUCGGCCUGGUCCUGGUGCCCAUGGCCCUGAACCUCCCGGCCACGGAGUGGGGCGGAGGCCUCUGCGGCUACAUCGACGGCCUCGGGAUCGUCCUCGGGGGAACCCCCCUCGACGGAAGGGCCCUGUCCUUCUCGGCGGCGGUCCUCCUGUGGAGCCUGGGGGCGAGUGCCCAGGGCCCGGCACUGGUGGCCCUCGCCCAGGAGCGGUCCGAGAGGGGAUUCGAGGCCACCUCGCUGUCGCUGGUCAAGGCCGCGGGGGACGGGACCUACGUCCUGGCGCCCUUUUUGCUGGGGCUGGCCUCGGACGCGGUGUUGGGGGUCCCAGGGAUCGAGUGCGCCCUGGCGGGAUCGGCGGGUCUGCUGGGGACGGUGGCCCUCGCGGGCCUGGUGGGGGGCGAAAGGGAGGAGGAACGCUGAUCGCGGCGACAACGAAAGCCAAAACGAAACGCAACGCAACACAAUGCAACGAAACCAUACACGCAACGCAUGCCGCCGGUGAUGACAAUUGCGACGACAACGAUUACGACGACGACGACGAAACGGAAUCCAACCACCAUCGAAACCAAGGCCAGAACAGCGGGCACGGGACUCAAAAAGCUACUCCGGAUACCGAUCACGGCACGACGGAAGGGGAAAAAACACGAAAUGACAUCGAACCACCCACGAAAGCAAAACACGGAACGAGCGGGCACGGCGCUUCAAAAUCCAGCGCGGAUUCCAAUCGCGGCACGGCGGAUGAAAAAAAGACGCAGGCGCGUCGACCCGAUCUACGAAUCUGUCAAGAAUGCGGCAAUGCAGCUGCCUCGCGCAGAAACCAAAGCCGGGCCCGAGAACAAGCCAUCGGCGAACCGCAAAAAUGCUCUUGCACGAUAUCGCAUCGCAUCGGAUUGCAUUGUAUCGGAUUGCAUUGCAUCGGAUCGCAUUGCAUGGCAUCAUUGCGUUUUCCCGCAGGUUGCAAAAGUCGCCCUUCUCCGACCAUAACUCCCACCCUUCUCUCCUUUCCUUGCCAGUUUUGCGGUUUUGUUCUUAGCAACAGUACUAUAAAUUAGGACGACGAAC